CUAACAGUCACUGACUGAGCCUCAUCUUGAACUGGUUGAAGCGGACAGUCAGAGUAGAGAAGAGCGUUGAAACGUCUGGAUAAGGAGAGACAGAAUGGCAGACUGGAAAACUAGGGCCAUCGGUCAGCCAGAUUUCCUACAGUUUAAUAACCUGGCCUGUGAAACCGCAGGAGGGAAGGUCAUUUUUGCUACUGAUGAAUGGUUUGCCCCCGCGCAAAAUCUUUUAAAGAGAGAACCAGUGGAGUUCAGAGCCUCUGCCUUCACAGAGUUUGGGAAAUGGAUGGACGGCUGGGAGACCAGGAGGAAAAGAAUUCCAGGCCAUGACUGGUGCAUCAUCCAGCUCGGGGUUCCAGGUGUUAUACAUGGGUUUGAUGUGGACACUUCUUUCUUCACGGGAAAUUAUGCUCCUUCCAUCUCCAUUCAGGCGUCAUGUCUUGAGACAGAUGAGUUCCCAGUACCAAGGCCUGAAGGUGACCGCACUGGAACAGCCGCUACAGAGAGGGAAUUUGAAGCUGUUGCCAAACUGCGCUCAGAGAUGUGGGAGGAACUCGUUCCAGUGAAAGAGCUGAAACCUGGCUAUCCUGAAACGUGCCACAAUUACUUCACCGUGACCUUUCCACACCGGGUCACUCACAUCCGGUUCAACAUGUACCCCGAUGGAGGGAUUGCACGACUGAGGGUCUACGGUGUGGGGCAAAGGGACUGGUCAACAGUGUCCAGCAUGAAACAGGUGGACCUGCUAUCGCUGGCCAAUGGAGGAGUGUGUCUGGGAUACAGUAAUGCCCACUUUGGGCACCCACGCAACAUGAUAGGUUUGGGAAGGGCAGCCAAUAUGGGUGACGGAUGGGAGACGGCCAGACGGCUGGACAGACCGCGAGUCCUAAAGGCGAACAAGGAGGGAAUGCUGCAAGUGCCUGGCAGCGAGUGGGCUGUCUUCAGACUGGGACACCCUGGAGCGAUCAGUCUCAUUGAGAUAGACACCAACCAUUUCAAAGGAAAUUUCCCGGACUCGUGUAAAAUCGAAGCUUGUAGUUUGACCUCUGAGGCGGAGGAGCAUUGCCUUAGGGAGGGGUGGGGAAGUGGACAAGCAGUGAAGUGGAGAACCCUGCUGCCUCCUCAGAAGCUUAAACCACACCAGAGGCAGUUCUUCUCUGGAGAUGCUCUGGAACUGACGGAGGCUGUAUCGCAUAUACGCCUGACCAUCGCCCCAGAUGGGGGGGUUAGCAGGUUGCGACUCUGGGGUCGGCCAAAGCCGGCCUUCAGCAACCCUACAAGUAAACUUUAAGUGGUGACCACAUUUUAACUACCUGCCAGUCGCACUUGGGCGUCAGACAAGUAGACAUUUAUGAUAAGAAGCUCAUUUGAAUUUUUAUCAGUGGAAAAUAGUCCACUUUUGUGUUGUUAAGAUGCCAUCACAGACUAUCAAAAUGCCAAAAUGUGCUUUUGAAUAUCUCUGAAAAAGUGAAGAAUGAUGGAAACAGCACUGUAACAUUUUCAGUAAUGGAGGCAAGGAAGCAUGAUAAUUUGCAUAUCAUUUUAAAAAAGUGCAAUUUGAAUAGUCCCCAGGAGGUGUAAUACUCGUGUGAUGGACUAAUAAAUUAUGAAUUUCUUUGAAUAGGAAAUAUGCUCGCUGUCAUUGUAGAGCAUUGUUUUUUGGUUAACAGAAACAAGGGCACGAAUGAAAACAAGAAGACAUGCUACUGUAUCUCUUAAUGUUGCACUUAGAUAAGAUGGGACCGUAAUGAGGUAAAAAUUUGCAGCUAGCUAAUUUAUCAGAAUCCGAAACUUGAAUAUAUUAAAGUCAUU